CGGCCACCAACCCUCGGACACUGCCCCCGCCGCCUCCGGAGCUCCGCAGCACGCCCUGUGUCUAGGUCGUUUGGGAAGCGCCUUGGAGAGUCAAGAAUAAAAUUGCAGGUCAAACAAUGGAUGACUGGAAAAGUCGGCUUGUAAUCAAGAGCAUGCUUCCCCAUUUCGCCAUGGUGGGAAAUCGUCAGGAGCCCAGAAAGCUCCAGGAAUCGCCACAGGGAACCAUCAAGAGGAGACAGGAAGGAGACAACUUCCAGUUUCCGGGCAUGGCUGAUGGGGGUUACCCUAAUAAAAUUAAGAGGCCCUGCCUUGAAGAUGUCACCCUUGCUAUGGGCCCAAGUGCCCAUCCCAGUACCCCCUGUGCAGAGCUGCAGGUCCCUCCGUUAACAAUGCAUCCUAGCCCUGCAGCUGUAGGAGUAACUAACCAGUCAUUACUACUCGAGAAUAAUUCCAUGAACGGCAGCGUUAUGGAUUCACCAUUUGUGGUGCCACCAACUGCAGAAAUGGGGCUGAAAGGGCCCACCGUUCCUUACUAUGAGAAAAUCAACAGCAUGCCGGCUGUAGACCAAGAACUUCAAGAUCUGCUGGAGGAGCUAACGAAAAUUCAAGAACCUUCUCCGAAUGAGCUGGAUCUUGAGAAGAUACUGGGAAGCAAGCCAGAAGAGCCACUGGUCUUAGAUCAUCCCCAGGCAACUCUAGGCACGACUCCCAAGCCUUCGGUUCAGAUGCCACACUUGGAGAGCCUUGCUUCCGGCAAGGAGUUUGCCUCCAGUUGCAGCCAAGUCACUGGCGUGUCACUUCAAAUCCCGCCCUCCUCCACAGGGAUCAGCUAUUCGAUCCCUUCCACUAGUAAGCAGAUGGUCUCACCCAGUUCUGCAACAGCACAGGCCAAGAACCAGGUCCAGGCCAUGCUCCCUGCCACUUUGCCCCCACUUCCAGUGCCUCAGUGGCAUCAUGCCCACCAGCUGAAGGCGUUGGCAGCCAGCAAGCAGGGAUCUGCUACAAAGCAGCAAGGGCCAACCCCCAGUUGGUCCGGUCUGCCUCCUCCAGGCCUCUCUCCACCUUACCGCCCAGUGCCAUCGCCACACCCACCGCCGCCACCACCUCCACCACCGCCGCCACCACCAUUCAGCCCUCAGAGCCUCAUGGUGUCCUGCAUGUCGUCCAGCAACUUGCCGGGCAGCACUGUCCAAGGCUCUCCCAAUGCCUUACUCUCAAGCAUGGCGUCCAGCAGCAAUGCUGCCCUGGGACCCGCCAUGCCCUACGCCCCCGAGAAGCUCCCCAGCCCCGCUCUCACACAGCAGCCGCAGUUCAGCCCGCAGAGCUCUAUUCUUGCCAACCUUGUGUCCUCUACCAUCAAAAACCCUCAAGGACACCUGAUGUCUGCUCUGCCCACCAGCAACCCUGGGCCAUCGCCACCCUAUCGGCCAGAGAAGCUCUCGAGCCCUGGCCUGCCGCAGCAGUCCUUCACCCCGCAGUGCUCGCUCAUCCGGAGCCUCACUCCCACCAAUAGCCUGCUCAGCCAGCAGCAGCAGCAGCAGCAGCAGCAGCAUCAAGCAAACGCGAUCUUCAAGCCCGUGACCUCCAACUCAUCCAAAACCCUGAGCAUGAUCAUGCAGCAGGGGAUGGCGGGCUGCAGCCCAGGAGCCCCGGAGCCAUUUACUUUUGGCAACACCAAGCCCUUGUCCCAUUUUGUUUCUGAGCCAGGCCCCCAGAAGAUGCCCCCCAUGCCCACCACCUCUAGGCAGCCUUCUCUGCUCCACUACCUGCAGCAGCCAACGCUCACACAGGCCUCUUCUACCACUGCCUCCUCCACCGCCACUGCCACCCUGCAGCCGCCACAGCAGCCUGACCAUUCUUCGUUCCUCCUGCAGCAUAUGAUGCAGCCCCAACGCUUUCAGCGACCAGUGGCCUCAGAUUCCAUGCCUGCACUGCCCAGACAGCAAGAGAAACAGAGAUCAGGUCUUAUGGCAAUGACCCCUGAGCAGCAGAGUGCAUAUAUCGCCCAACAGAUGAGUCAAUUUCAAGCCGUCCAAGAACAAGUCACCUCCAAGUGUAGCCGGACCAAGGCAAGCUCCCCAUCUAGCCAGCACAUGAUGCCACCCAGAACUGGGCUCCUUCAGAACAAUCUAAGUCCAGGAAUGAUCCCAUCCACCAGGCGCCAGAGCCGUGAGGAUGUGGGUGUGAUCUCAUCAACUCCAGGGAAGCAGCGUGGAAUUUUCAACUCCAGCCCCCAGUUUCCCAUACCCUCACAUUCUGGCCAGAACCCCCUGGGCAGUCUUGGCUCUGUCUGCCGGCAUACGCAGAGUCCCAAGGCUAACCCCCCAGGAGUGCCCCUGCCUGGGUUCUGUCCCAGCCUCCUGGGCAGGCAGGCCCUGAGUCCCCACCAGCUCAGACAGCCCAGUGUGCCAACAAUGCCCACUGUGUUCAACAAUGCUGCAUGGGUCGCCGUGGCAGCAGCUGUGACCACAGCAGUUUCGAGGGAACCACACCCAAGCCAAGUAGAUAAUAGCAUUCAGCAGCAUUUUGAUAGCAACUCGAUCUUUGCCAAGGCACCUAUGAGAGUGCCACCCAUAGCCCAAGCAUUCCUGUCGCAGCAGGCAGUUGUGCCCCCCAAUCAGAUGGCCCCAGGAGGCAGGCCUGGCCAGAAGUUGAGUCCUGCCCUGGCCAACUCUAGCUUUAGCCUGCUGGGCAACCAGAGCCUCAGGCCGAGCCCAGUGCGGGGCCCAGUGCCUGUAUCGAGCACCACCAGGUCCCUCCAGCAAGGCAUGGCCAGCUUCCGUCCCAUGAGUCCCAUACAAGGCAUCGAGCCGCCAAGCUAUGUGGCCGCUGCCGCUGCUGCCGCUGCUGCUUCUGCCAUCACCGCUAGCCAGUUCCCAAGUCCGUUCAACAGAACAAGUACUCCCCCUGAGCUGCCACCCAACGACAUUUUGCCCCAGCCCCAGCCCCCACUAAACGAUCUGAUUUCACCACCUGACUGCAGUGAGGUGGAUUUCAUUGAAGCUCUCUUGAAAGGCUCCAGCGUGAGCCCAGGUGAAGACUGGGUGUGCAACCUGAGGCUGAUCGAUGACAUUUUGGACCAGCGUGCUGCUGCCCAAAAUGCCGCAGCCCAGAAUGCUGGCCAACUCCCCCAGAAUGCUGGGGAGCUUUAAAUCUGAGCAGGCUGCCCAUAGAAGCCCCCACGUUGGCAUCACUAGGGGGUGGCAUGAGCCAUAGCAAAUUCACACCUGGCCCCAGACAGCUGCAGUUGUCUCCUCAUUACCAUUUGAGUGGCACAAGCCCACACCCAUCCCUCUCUCUACCUGUGACAAAAUGGAAAGCUGGUGAUUUUUCAAGCUGCCUGUACAUAUUUGAAAAUUUUGUAAAUGGUUUUCCUAGACAUUAAUGACAGAAGUAUUUAUACUUCAUUUUGUGACUUUGUAAAUAAAGUGACGGCUUUUGUUUCAGUAGAGUUGUGUUUAUUAUGCAUUGUUUUGUGUUUAUUAUACAUUGUUACAAAUAUGCAGACUGUGUUGUUAGCUCCAGUGAUACCUUCUUGAGCUAAGUGGCUGAGUCACUUAUGGUUUUGAUGCAAUGAGCGAUGUGGAUGUGACCAAGAGGUGUUGUGCAAACUGACAAAUGCCAAAUAGAAAACCACUUGGCCAUUUAUUUCCAUUUUCACUAAAAACUCUAUCGCCUUGUGUGGUUCUUAAUCUCUUUUGCAAACCUUUCAGUCUCCGUUAGCUCUUUCCUAAUGAGCAUUUACGGAAGAAACCGUUUUGUCCUUAAGUGCCCCCCAGAGACACUUUGCCGAGAGGCCGAGAGAGUUUCUUACAUCUGGGAGCCGCGCAGAGACAGCGUAAGCCGAGCACUGUCUGAGCCCUCCACCUGGAGGAACUGGAGCGCCCUCCUACCUUUAUGGUUCAGGCAGAGAGAAGGUGCCAGCUUCGUGUGCACCCUCGCAGGAUGAAGGCAAGCUGAUCCUGGGUUAAAGCCUUUCAGUAUUUGUUUUGAUAUAAGGCUCUGUGGUUUGGGGAAAAAAAUCUGUAAACACUAAUAGUUGAUUUGGGGCUUGUCUUUGAUGGUUUCUAUCUGCAAUUAUCGUCAUGUAUAUUUAAAUGUCUGUUAUAGAAACCCACACCCACUGUCCUGUAAACUUUUCUUAGUGUCCAGACUUUGUGUAAUCACAUUUUAAUUGCCACCUCGUAUUUCGCCUCUACAUUUGAAAUCUGGCAUCUGUUUCCAGCCAGUGCGUUUUUUCUUCGUUCUGUAAUAAACAGCCAGGAGAAAAGUG